UUUCAGGAUAGAUCAUGCAAAAAAUAUGGGAAUGGAUAGUUGACAAGAAAACUAAUACAAUUCGAAAAUGGAGAUCAUCAAAUAUUCGACGAAAUAACACAGAACCCGAUGAUUUGUCAGCCUAUCGAAACGGAAAACGAAAAUCAUAUUCGGCUGGAAGCAUCACAUCUUCAUCAAAUUCUACAAAAAAGAACCCAGAUUUCGAAAAUUUUUUCGAAGAACCCCAAAUAAAAGUGAUGUUAGAUGCAAGACGAGAAUCAUUUCUUCGACAUUCAACAUCUGCUGAAGUGUUUCCUGUUGCUCCACCGGAUUUAGAAGUCGUCUUAGAGAGAUCAACCAAAACCACGCCCAAUCCAACUCCACGAACCGUUAGAAAACAGCUUCGAUUCGACAUUCCAGAGGUGCACAUUUCAUUUGAGACGAACGAGCCUCGAAAAGUGACUUUUGAAGGUGGCUCAACUUCUAAUUCAAUUGUACCUCCACCGAUUAUCGACUGGGAUUCGACGCCAAAAAUGAAUUCAGUACCAGAAAUUGAACCAAUUUUAUGCUUUGAUGAUGAAGUUUCUGUGACCACUCGAAGACUUUCAGCAAAUGAAAAAGCACGACAAAAUGUGAUAGCUCAAAGAAGGCAGAGUAAUGUUCAGUUAGUACAAUCAAUGAGUGGACGAACAACAACAACGACUUUAAUUCCAUUAACAUGUGCUCAAAUUCAUUUGGUUAGAGCAUUAUGGAGACAAGUUUAUACAACAAAAGGACCAACAGUGAUUGGAGCAAGUAUAUAUCAUCGAUUAUGUUUUAAGAAUGUGAUGGUAAAAGAACAAAUGAAACAAGUCGAGCUGCCGCCGAAAUUCCAAAAUCGUGACAAUUUUAUCAAAGCUCAUUGCAAAGCAGUAGCUGAAUUAAUAGAUCAAGUUGUUGAGAAUCUGGAUCAUUUGGAUAAUGUUACGGGUGAAUUGAUGAGAAUUGGAAGGGUACAUGCAAAAGUGCUACGUGGAGAAUUAACUGGGAAAUUAUGGAAUACGGUAGCUGAAACUAUCAUUGAUUGUACACUGGAAUGGGGUGACAGGAGGUGUCGAAGUGAAACAGUACGGAAGGCUUGGGCACUGAUUGUUGCAUUUGUUAUCGAAAAAAUCAAGGCAGGACAUCAUGAGCAGAGGAAACUAAUGCUAGGAACACGUCAAUCGCUUCCAUCAAUUCGAACACCAUCAAUGGAACGAUUUUAAUAAAUUAAUUGCUUGGUUCUGCUUUACAUAUCUUCGAUUUUUCCAUUUUUUUCUGAAAUUAUCUAUCUCAAGUAUUUUUAUCGGUUGACAAGUUUUCUGAAAAUUUUCCAGUUCUACAAGAUAUGGAAACCUGAAUACAAAAAUCAACUGAUAAAACUCUUAUUAAAAUAUGUUCAUGUGUCAUGUCACUUAUUUGUUUUCAUCAUUAGGUUCAGUUUCCAAUAGUUUUGCUCAUUCUUUUUCUUUUCCCUCUCUCCAAUUCGUACAGUGUAUCGACAUCUUGUGAUGAUCUCUUUUCAUUUUGGCUCUUCUGAAUUUUUGUUUCUUUUUUUUGCAAAUAAAUAUGUUCUAUGUCAAAAA